GCCGAGUCCCAAAAGAGCUCGACGACCCGCACGUGAUAAUCCUGAGCUUCCCGAGGUACUGCCGGUACCGAGCCAUGAUGAAACGUCUCGAAGGCGUCGAAGACGGCUACCUCAAGCUGAAGUUGGUCAACGCGCUUGGCGGUUUCUACGUCACGCAUCCCAACACCAGGGUGCUUUUCUGCAAGGACACGUUCGAUUAUCCCGAGUUGGAGGGGCACGAGAUGCUUUGCAACCAUUUGGCCCCGAAGCUGAAGGGCAGACCUAGGGGCAGGCGGAAAAAGAGGAGCGCCUCGCCUGGCUCGGAAAGCAAUGAAUCGGAAUCCUCGGUUCCAAACGGGUACAAUGCUAGGGGUGAAUCUCGACCGGAAAUUCGUUGCGAUUCCGGUGCACCGACACGAAGAAGCACCAGAUGCCACGAAAAUAACGAAAACAAAGAAUUCAUCCGGAAACUGACCGCAUUUAUGAAGUCCAACCGCACACCAAUCGGCCGAACUCCGUCCCUAGGAUACAAAGAACUGAACCUCCAUGAAUUUUUCUCAAAAGUACAAAAACUGGGCGGAUAUGAUAACGUCACUGCCAACCGCUUGUGGAAGUCGAUUUUCGAAGAUAUAAGCGGUUACCAAAACAAUAUAAGCGCUACGGUAAUCCGUCGACAUUACGAAAGAUUCCUGCUUUCGUACGAGCGCCAUCUCAAAGGCGAACAAUACAAGCCGCUUCCCGUAUCAGAAAGGCGUAGACUGAAAAGCAAAAGGGGAAGCAGUCUUAGCGAUGCCGAAUCCAGUGGCGGCGAUACAAAUUCUUCGGCCGCCACUACUGUUUCUACUUCGACUGUCGCGGAAACUAAGGAUACAAAAUCGGAAAACAAAAUCUCCUCGCUAAGAAGCAUUCGAGUGAAACCGGAACGACAGAAAGACAAGCAACAAUCCAUCGAAAACGAAACGAAACCUGCCAACCUAACGAACUUGCCGGAAAAGACGGAAAUCAAACCGAAAAUGGACACGUUGGUGAUCAAUUCGACCAAUAUGACGAGCAAAUUUAUACCGGCUGAUAGUUCAAUGAAAAUAGAAUACGCGGUGAAGGAAGAAUUGACGAUUAAAACUGAGAAAGCGAUCGAUGUAACUGUAAAGGAGGAAGAGGUUAAAAUUGAGGCGGAGAUUAAAGAUGAUGACAUCAAUUUGGAGUCUUAUUUGGAGGUGAAAAUCGAGGUGAAAGAAGAUGGGUUGAAGAAAGAGGAAGGGAUGAAAUUGGAGGAAGAUAACGGACAGAACACAACAGCAGUUUCUUCAGAAGAUGCGGUUUCUCCAAAAUCUGGCGAAGAAAACAGCGUGUUCGUAAAGCAAGAAAGCGCCAUUCCAAAUCAUAAUUUUGAAUCGACGGAAUCUGAAGUAACAAUAUCGUCAGUUGCCGCUGAAAGUUUCAAGAACAAGUUCAUCCAGGAAGUCAAAAAGAGGAAAUUGGACAUUUUGAAAGAAGGUGGUUUAGAAGUAACUCCAGUGAAGCCGCUCCUCCUAGACUCCCCCGGCAGGCCGUCGGUGAUUCAACAGACGACUGCGCCCCCGAAACCUGCGAUGCAGCCGCCCGCGGUCACUUCGGUGCCGCGCAGGAGUUCCGGUGAUUUCCCGCAAACGCUCAACAUCAGCAAGAUCAGGGUUCCACCGCCGACGACGCCGACCAAGAAGGCAGCCGCCGCGGCUACGACGAGCAGUUCGUUCGCUUUUAUGAACGGAUCGGCCCCCCCGAAAGUGGUGCAGUCGAAAUCCAUCUACACGUACUCGGAAAAAACCAUCUACGGCAACCCGAAGGACGUCCUGACCACUUUCCAGCCAGCACCGGCUCGCACUCCCAAGUUCAGGGAGACGAUGCCUCAACACGCGGGCGGUAACCCCGUCGAUUUAUCCGUCACGAGCCCUCAAAAACCGGUGCUUGAAAUCAUGAGGGUUCCGCAGCUGCCGAACACACCUUACAACAGAGAAUCGGUAACGAAGAACCUCACCACUCCUCUCAUGGACGGUCGAAGGUUGGGGCCGAAUUUGGAGAUCACCUUGGUCAAUCCUAAGAACAAGACUUCGCCGCAAGCGGUGGCGAAAGCUGCUAGCUUCAGCCCUCAGGGGCAAGGGCAGGUUUCCAGCAGCCAGUCACAUAAGAGAAGAGUCAGCGAUUAUUAUAGUCCCAGGAAAGCUAUGAAGGGCGAUGAUAAGUUCGUGAAACCUUUACCUGUUGAUCUAAACGUACCGAAUCCUUUUAAGAAUUCCACUCAACCCAAAGCACAAUCUUCUAAGCAUAACAUAACGUCUCCUACUUUACCCGCAUUCCCUCCGUUUCUGGCUCAGUUGUACGAGCAAACCGCCAAGAGCGGCAUCUCGCCGUAUUUGCCGUUUAUGGAUCCCGCGAUGUACUAUUCGGCGACGAUGCAGAAUUUAUACUCGGCGCAAAGUUUCAAUAACGCCUCGUUCCUUCCCAUUCCUACACCGGAACAGAUCAAGCUCUACACCGAGUUGAUGGCUAGAAGUAGGUUGAACUUUCCCAUGCAGAUGCCUCUGGACGGGAUCAAUCCGUUGCUGAAUAACAACAUGAAGAAACAGUAAUUUUUUUGGGCUGAAACGCGAUCCCGGGCGUUUCGAAUUUAGAUUUCACCAUUGGGAAGCUAACAUAACGGCAAAGAUGGGAAAACGGAUUUUCCAAAAAUAGUAUUUAUUUUUUCCUGGCUGUUUGAGGCGAGACUGCAAAAUGAAGAAUACAUUAACUUAUACUGUACUUAAUCAUCAAACUUAUUUUUUCUUAUAGACCCCAUAUUGGAUUUUUACAAAGCUGAAUAGAGUAUUUAAUUUUGAUUUGAAAAAGGAUUAACAUGUCAUAUUGUAACGGAAACGUCGUUUUCACUAAUUCUCACACUAAUUUAUAAAACUUGCAAAUUUAUGACCAUAUCGACUGGCUCCACGCUGUUGGCUCAGUCAGUCGACUGUGCCUGCCCUCUGUGCGUGUAUUUAUCUACGAAUCCAGAAACGCUCCCGCAUUCUCUGGAUCGAAGGUUUUCUAGAUUGCGGUCGAUGUUUCUUUAUUC